GUCCGUUCCUCCACUCAUGAUGGCUUGGUUUACAUCCAUUCAAGCCUUGUUUAAACAGACAUGAUCGGAGUUGAUUCUUGCCACUAACUUUUUGCUCUAAUUAUUUGACCGUCCGAUUUACUUGCUACACCACUAAUCAAGACGUCUUUCUUCUUUACUUACAUGACAAAUAUUCACCAAGUCUCAAGGGAGUAGAAGUCAAGGCGAGACAGCUCUAACCUUGACAACACGUCGCAACUUUAUCCUGCUCACAAUCGCCCAUUCACCCACUAUUUUCAAUUUCUCCAUAAUAUAAAUCAAGAGCUCAUCGACUUCAACCUAAUUCGCCAUGUUUUAUGAAGGAACUCUUCAGGAAGGCAUCUCGACAGCCGUCGGUCAGCAGAAACUUGUCCUAUGUUUCGUGACAGAUGAAAGCGACGAGAGCACACAAUGGGAAAAUGAGUUUCUGGUCGACGAUACGUUGAGCGACUUACUCAAGGAGCAUUCUAUUGCGCUCCGUCUCAAAGCUGGGUCCGAGGAAGCCGGAUAUCUAGCCCAGAUCUUCCCUCUACCACGGACUCCGACUGUUGUUAUCAUUAAGAAUGGAGAACUAAAGGAGUACAUUACACCGGGGACCAGCAAAGAGGAUUUCUUGCGGAGAGUUCAGACUGCUUUCAACUCCACUGCUGCACCUGCAGCUCCAGCUCCAGCUCCAGCUACCACCCAACCAACCCCGGCACCAGAACAGGCCAGGCCACCACAGCCCCAGACAGAGAUACCCGCAGCUUCAGAACAGCAGAACACUCCACCGACAGCGGCUCCUUCAACAUCAGAGAAUGUUCGUCGGAUACUAGCUGAGAGGGCUGCCAGACUUCAAGCCCAAAGGGAGGAGAAUGAGCGCAAGGUGAAGGAGGAACGCGCAAGGACCAAAGAGAAAGCCAAAGCAGAGGCCGAAGCUGGUAUGGAUACGGACAACGCCCGAGCUCAUAAGCAAGCAGAGGCAGUAAGGAAGAAGAAACAGAAAGAUCAAGAGGAGAAGGCGCGGAUUCUCAAGCGCAUUGAAGACGACAAGGCAGAGCGACGCCUCCGUGCCGAGCAGCGUGAGAAGCAGAAACUUGAUAACCUCAAGGGUGGCGACGUUGCAGCAUCGUUAGUGAGCGCACCAGAGACAAAACUGUCGAACUCCUCCAAGUCUGGCGCGAUAACGGCUCUUCAAGUCCGCUUGUUCGAUGGAUCAACAUUGAGGAACCGCUUCAAGACGACUGCGCACCUAAAAGAAGUCCGACAAUGGGUAGACGAAAAUAGAGGCGAUGGUUCGCAGCCAUACACUUUCAAGCAGGUCCUCACGCCUCUACCGAAUAAGAACAUUGAUGAGACUGAGGAGGACAAGCCAUUAGGAGACCUCGGCCUUUUCCCGUCUUCGACCUUGGUGCUUAUUCCCGUCAAGAAGUUUACGACCGCCUACGAUGAUUCACAGGGCAUUGUUUCGAGAGUUAUUGAUUUCAUUCUCGGCAUUUUCACAUGGAUUUUCAGUCUGUUUGGGGGUGGUGAUGACCGCACUGGGCACCGAGGGCCUACGAGCGAUGCGCCCGCCAGUUCUCAAGACCGUGUUCAGUCAUUCCAGAAUCGCAGAGAUCAGCAAAGAGAUCAACAGUUGUACAAUGGAAAUUCGCUGAACUUUGAGCCACGGCCAGAAGAGGAGGAGAAAGAUGAAUGAAGGGGUUUCCCAAUUUGAGUGGGAGUAAUGUCUUUUUUUGUUGUAUUAUACAAUUGACAGCGCUGAGAUGUAGCACUAAUGUGUCCCCACCGGAUCCCUAUAUGCAUGCACGCUGUCGGGAGAUAUAUAUCCCCGAUGUUAUUUCCUUUCCCAUAGUGAUAUCAAGUCCCUUUUGUUCUCUUUUCAACCUCUAAUUCGUCCAUGCUUACUGACCAGCGGCGGCCUGGCAAGCCUUGAGUUGCUCAAGGUACCAGUUGCAGAUCUGCAUGUUUCCGUUGUUCUCAUCCAUGCACUUUGUGAAGUUCUGGGCGACGCCGGCGCAGUUGUUCUGGUUCCAGGACUGCUCUUGGGGAGCAGCCUGAGCCUGGACGGGGGCAGCAGCCUCGGAGGAACCGCCGGAGAAGAGACCGCCGAUGGCGUGGCCUACUGAGGAACCGAUAGCGACACCGCUGAGAACAAGUUAGCUACACGUGUUCGAAGUAUGAGCUCUACAGGUGCUCUCGGAUACAUUGCUCGACCCGGAACUUGGAACUCCUAAGACACCAAUUUUUGUAGAUUCGCAAGGGGAUGCUUACGCAGCAGUGCUGGCCAUCUGGCCGAACAGUCCGGGGCCCUGAGAACCGGCAGCCUGAGGAGGCAUGGCCUGGGCGGGAGGGUGAGCCGCAGCGGGAGGAGCAGCGUGGGUGGCGGCAGGGCGAGUCUGCUGGGGAGCAGGCUUGGGAGCAGCAGCAGUAGGGCGCGAAGGAGCGCGGCCGACGGAUCGUUGACGAGGCAUUGUGUUUGUUGUGUUGUGAGGGUUUUGGUGGGAGAUUUGGUGAUGCGAUGUUAGGGAAGUGUUGAAGAACAAAGUUCAAGAUGUUGAGUUAGCUAUGAGGAGAAAGAUCGGAAAGAAAGAAUACCGGAGGCAUGGAUUUCGGAGGCGCAUAUCAAAACAGCCAAUCACGAGGGGCAAAUUUCAACGAGGGAUGGGGAAGAUUGGCCAGUAGGGCCUCGGUAGAGGCAUUCCCUCAGGCGCCAGGGGCCCAGAGCACUCCAGGGCCUUCCGUUGACAGCCGCUGGGCAACUUUUUAGUGGGCACCUCCAUUAAUUGAGUCAUGAGGUUAGGAAGGCUACGAUUGAUUACGACCGCUUCCAACGACGGAGAUAUCGGG